AUGCCUAUGCAGAGAGCAAUUAUUGAUGCCGUGAUCAAAGUCGGUGUGAAGGGGAUCUUUCCGUCCGAGUUCGGCUGCAGGAUACAUGAUGAGAAAGUCGUGGAUUUGAUGCCAUACUUCAAGCCGAAGCAUCAAUUGAUUGAACAUCUCAUGAUGAAAGAAGAUAGCAUAAGCUGGACAGCUUUGUGCUGCAAUCCAUUCUUCGAUGAGGCCGUCAAAAAUACUUUUCAUGGAUACGAGCCCCCCAAUAAGUUUUAUCUUCUUGACGGUGGUGACGCACCCUACGGAACUACAAACUUACACACAAUCGGCUCUGCCCUGUUCAAGAUCAUCUCCGACCCAUCCCACUUUGCAGAAUCUGCUAACCGGUAUAUCACGAUCUACUCGCACAUCACCAUAUGA